AUGGCCAUUCCCGGCAUCCCCUAUGAGCGACGGCUUCUCAUCAUGGCGGACCCUAGAGAUAAGGCGCUUCAGGAUUACCGCAAGAAACUGCUGGAGCACAAGGAGAUCGAUGGCCGUCUCAAGGAGUUAAGGGAACAAUUAAAAGAACUUACCAAGCAGUAUGAAAAGUCUGAAAAUGAUCUGAAGGCCCUACAAAGUGUUGGUCAGAUUGUAGGUGAAGUACUUAAGCAAUUAACUGAAGAAAAAUUUAUUGUUAAAGCUACAAAUGGGCCAAGAUAUGUUGUGGGGUGUCGCCGACAGCUUGACAAAAGUAAACUAAAGCCAGGAACAAGGGUUGCUUUGGAUAUGACUACACUAACUAUCAUGAGAUAUUUGCCGAGAGAAGUGGAUCCACUGGUUUACAAUAUGUCUCAUGAGGACCCUGGAAAUGUUUCUUAUUCUGAGAUUGGAGGGCUAUCAGAACAGAUCCGGGAAUUAAGAGAGGUGAUAGAACUGCCUCUUACAAACCCAGAAUUGUUCCAGCGUGUAGGAAUAAUACCUCCAAAAGGCUGUUUGUUAUAUGGACCACCAGGUACAGGAAAAACACUCUUGGCCAGAGCUGUUGCUAGCCAGCUGGACUGCAAUUUUUUAAAGGUUGUAUCUAGUUCUAUUGUAGACAAGUAUAUUGGUGAAAGUGCUCGUUUGAUCAGAGAAAUGUUUAAUUAUGCCAGGGACCAUCAGCCAUGCAUCAUUUUUAUGGAUGAAAUAGAUGCUAUUGGUGGUCGUCGUUUUUCUGAGGGUACUUCAGCUGAUAGAGAGAUUCAGAGAACCUUAAUGGAGUUACUCAAUCAAAUGGAUGGAUUUGAUACUCUGCAUAGAGUUAAAAUGAUCAUGGCUACAAACAGACCUGAUACGCUGGAUCCUGCUUUGCUUCGCCCAGGAAGAUUAGAUAGAAAAAUACAUAUUGAUUUGCCAAAUGAACAAGCAAGAUUAGAUAUAUUGAAAAUCCAUGCAGGUCCCAUUACAAAGCAUGGUGAAAUAGAUUAUGAAGCAAUUGUGAAGCUUUCAGAUGGCUUCAAUGGAGCAGACCUAAGAAAUGUCUGCACUGAAGCAGGUAUGUUUGCAAUUCGUGCUGAUCAUGAUUUUGUAGUACAAGAAGACUUCAUGAAAGCAGUCAGAAAAGUGGCUGAUUCUAAGAAACUAGAGUCUAAAUUGGACUACAAACCUGUGUAA